AUGGGUUGGCUCAGAGAUCGUCUCCUCCUCGUAGCCCUCUUCGCCGCGAGCCUGAGCUGCGCCCCUCAAACCGGCGACGGCGAUGGAGCGCAGGUCAUAGAGGCCACACCUCACGAAACGAUUAUGUUGGUGAUGACUGAUGAGCAGGUGUACGUCGUGUUCCUGGGGCACCUGCCCGAGUCGGGCUCAUUGGAGUAUGGAGGUCCCUCAGCUGUAGAAGCUGCUCACCACGACCUGCUGAGUCAGGUCCUCGACGACGGCAGUAAGAUUAUCGGAGCUCGCAUGUACGGCAUCGGACCGAACAAUAGCACCGGCCUGUCGCUGUUGGACAAGGGCGGCCACCGCAGCCACACGACGUCGAUCGUCGCUGGCAGGGUGGUUGGCGAAGUGAUCUCCUUCUCUGUCGGCAACGCGGUCCCCUUGCAAUACUUCGAGGACGCUGGCGCCAUCGGCUCCUUCCACGCCAUGAGGCGCGGGGUGCUCACCUCUGCCACCGACAGCAACUCCGGGCUCGAUGGCGGCCACGUCUGCAACGUUGCGCCCUGGAUGCUGUCCUUCGCGGCUAGCGGCAUCGAUCCGCGGUUCGUCGACAAGAUCAUCCUUGGCAACGGCAAGACCAUAGUGGUCAUUGCAUCAGUUGCAACCUGUGAGCCAGAUGGCCUGGCCGGAGGUUCAUAUGAAGGGAAGAUCGUCCUCUGCCCGGCCGACAACAGUGGCGAUCCGAACGAUGGCGCAGGCCCGUUCAUGGCUGGUGCGGACGGCGCCGUCAUCGUCGGCCAUUACCCCAACCUCUCACAAGCCCUGCACCCGGGGUUGGACAUUAUCGCCUCAUGGACGCCGCUGUCAUCACCAACCGGAGAGCCUGUCGACAACAGGAAGGUCCUCUACAACAUCGAGUCUGGCACGUCCAUGGCUUGGACACACGCUAGCGGCGCCGCGGCAUAUGUCAAGUCCCACCGCCGCGACUGGUCUCCGGCGAUGAUCAUCUCAGCUCUCAUUACCACAGCCACUCCGAUGAACACGCCAGGCAACGCCGGCAGCAACGAGCUCAAGUACGGCGCCGGCCAGCUCAACCCUUCGAAGGCGCCCGACCCCGGCCUCGUCUACGACGCGUCGGAGCGCGACUACGUCGCCAUGCUGUGCGCUCAGGGGUACAACGCCACGCAGCUGGCACUCGUCAACGCCCACGUCGCGCCGGGGAAGAACUUCAGCGUGGGCUUCGCGCGGACCGUCACCAACGUCGGCGCCUCUCCCGGCGCCGUGUACGUCGCGAAGGUCGUCCUCCACGGUGCGCGGAGCAACCUCGCCGUCGGUGUCUCGCCGGACAGGCUGGAGUUCAGCAAGCAGAAGAGGACGGCCUCGUUCGGCGUGUCCAUUUCCGGCGAGGCGCUGGCCGCGGACGAGGUCGUUUCGGCGGCGGUGGUGUGGUGCGACGGCGAGCACGAAGUGAGGAGUCCGGUGGUGGUGUACACGGUGAGCGCCGGCGUCCACCAUUUUUGA